AUGGAUGCGCCUUUUCCUACCGACGUGCAGGAAUUCGACGGCGACGACCGCAUCUCCUACUCGAAGCUCGACAGCAAGUUCAUUGCUGUUCGGGACGACGGUGCUGAGUUCGAGUUUGAUGCCGAUCGCCGCGCGUGGCAACCAAUAGAAGAGCAAGAGCUAGAAGAAAACAUCUCUACCCAAGAACUACUACAGGAAUCCCAAGGGGCCGCGGUUGGCGCUGGAAAAAGACGGCACGACGACGAAGAAAAUGGAUUAGAGUCACAGGACUCGAAAAAGCUGAAGCCCAAAAACAAGAAGGCCAAGGCGCCUUCGCAACCUAGACAAAACACGGCCAUUUACGUCACCGGGCUCCCCCCCGAUGCGACGAUCGAAGAGGUGCACGAGCUUUUCUCGCGCAAGGGCGGUGUGAUUGCCGAAGAAAUCGAUAGCGGAGCCCCGAGGAUCAAACUGUACAAUGACGCGGACGGCAACUUCAAGGGUGAUGCGCUCAUAGUCUUCUUCAAGCCCCAGAGCGUCGAGAUGGCCAUAAUGCUGCUCGACGAUACCGACUUCCGAUUAACAGCAAGCGGCACGCGCGAGGGGCGCAUCCGGGUACAAGAGGCCGACUCAAGCUACAAAAAGGUGCAAUACGACAAGGACGGCCCGGGAAAGGGCGAGGACGGCAGCGCCAAACCCGAUACCAAGAGCAACGGCAACGGCAACGGAGAGCGCCGGGCGCCCACCAAGGACCGCAAAAAGAUUAUCAAAAAGACGCAAAAGAUGGACGCAAAGCUGGCCGACUGGAGCGACGACGAAGCGCCGGCCAACGUCCCGCCGAUCAGCUCGAAAAAGGACAAGAUGGUGGUGCUGCAGCACAUGUUCUCGCGGCAGGAGCUCGAGGCGGACCCCGCGGCGCUACUCGAGAUUAAGGAGGAUAUUCGGGACGAGUGCUCCAAGCUCGGCACGGUGACGAGCGUCGUGCUGUACGACGAGGAGGAGGACGGCAUCGUGACGGUCCGGUUCAAGGACGCGGAGUCGGCGAUGGCGUGUAUUAACCUCAUGCAUGGGCGAAAUUUUGGCGGCAUGAAGGUGGAGGCGGCGCUGGCCACGGGCAAGGAGCGGUUUCGGAAAUCCAAGGGGGGUAAUGAUAAUGUAUCUGAUUAA